CUGCCCAGGUCCCGGAGGGUGGAUGAAGUGGGGCCUCAGAACAGCUCAUCUCAUCGAGCAGGCUGGACCCCUGGGUUCCUGACUUGCACUGAAGGGUUUGGAUCUGGAAACAACAUGUACACAUCCAUCCCCCAGAGUGUCUCUCCAUUCCCAGCCUCAGUGAAUGAUCCCGGCCUCCAUGUGUGGCGGGUGGAGAAGCUGAAGCCGGUGCCCGUAGCCCGUGAGAACCAGGGCAUCUUCUUCUCUGGGGACUCCUAUCUGGUGCUGCACAAUGGCCCAGAGGAGCUCUCCCACCUGCAUCUGUGGAUAGGCCAGCAGUCAUCCCGGGAUGAGCAGGGGGCCUGCGCUGUGCUGGCCGUGCACCUCAACACGCUGCUGGGGGAGCGGCCUGUGCAGCACCGCGAGGUACAGGGCAAUGAGUCUGACCUCUUCAUGAGCUACUUCCCACGGGGCCUCAAGUACCAGGAAGGUGGUGUGGAGUCAGCAUUUCACAAGGCCUCCCCGGGAGCCACCCCAGCUGCCAUCAAGAAACUUUACCAGGUGAAGGGAAAGAAGAACAUCCGCGCCACUGAGCGGGCGCUGAGCUGGGACAGCUUCAACACCGGGGACUGCUUCAUUCUGGACCUGGGCCAGAGCAUCUUCACCUGGUGUGGUGGAAAGUCCAACAUCCUGGAGCGCAAUAAGGCGAGGGACCUGGCCCUGGCCAUCCGGGACAGUGAGCGACAGGGCAAGGCCCAGGUGGAGAUUGUCACUGAUGGAGAGGAGCCUGCUGAGAUGAUCCAGGUCCUGGGCCCCAAGCCUGCUCUGAAGGAGGGCAACCCUGAGGAAGAUGUCACAGCUGACCGGACAAAUGCCCAGGCUGCGGCUCUGUAUAAGGUCUCCGAUGCCACUGGACAGAUGAACCUGACUAAGGUGGCCGACUCCAGCCCCUUUGCCCUCAACCUGCUGAUAUCUGAUGACUGCUUUGUGCUGGACAACGGGUCCUGUGGCAAGAUCUACAUCUGGAAGGGGCGAAAGGCUAACGAGAAGGAGCGUCAGGCGGCCCUCCAAGUGGCCGAGGAUUUCAUCUCCCGCAUGCGGUACGCCCCGAACACUCAGGUGGAGAUUCUGCCCCAGGGCCGUGAGAGUCCCAUCUUCAAGCAAUUCUUCAAGGACUGGAAAUGAGGGCGGGCAUCUCCCUGCCCCCUACUCCUCUACCCCCUGCCAGCUUUUUCCUCCUCUGGCUGCCUGGGCAGUGCUGCCAUGCCCCUGCUGACAUUCAAUAAAGCAAACAAAUGCUCUCCCCAGGCUGUCCCUGCGCUGCCUGCCCUUGGCUGAUUCCCACUGUCCCACUGUCCACUGGGGCUCGUCCCCUGGCUGGGGUCAGAGUACAACACAGACGACAAUUCUACAGCCUCUGAGAGGCCAGAGCCAGCUUUGCGUGAUUGAGGCAGAGGGUCCAGGAGUCCCAGCAGGGCUGGCAGGUACUGCUGUGAACCCAGUAGGGAGGUGGCAUGGUGCCAGUCCUCAGGAUCACUUUCAGUCUCACAUUCCCAACGAGGAGAAGGUUGUGGCAACGGGCUUGGGAAGCAGCUCCAUUUAAGCCAGUAUUUCCUCAGAUGCCAUAAUAAACCACUGCAAGGCAGCUUCAAAUGA